UGGAAUAAUAUCGCAAAUACAUUUCGACACGCCUUUGUUGAUUGCCCGCAAGAGUCCUGCCCAAGCUGUAGUUACAAUCUCUUUUUCGUCCGAUCAAUAUUUUCUCACAUCGACGUCUAUUAGUUGAAAAUGCAGGGAUCCUUCAAACGUCUCGUUGAGGUCGGCCGCGUCGUUCUCAUCAACACUGGUGUCAACGCCGGCAAGAUCGCCACCAUUGUUGACAUUGUUGACCACAACCGUGCUAUCAUCGAUGGCCCCACCACCAACGUUCCCCGUCAGAUCAUUGCUUUCAAGAACGUUGUCCUGACCGACAUUGUUGUGAAGCGUCUCCCCCGCACCAUCGGCUCGAAGGCUCUUGCCAAGUUCCUUGAGAAGGAGCAGGUCGUUGAGGCCUGGCAGAAGUCUGCCUGGGCUCAGAAGAUCGAGUCCCGCAAGCGUCGUGCCAACAUGUCCGACUUUGACCGCUUCAAGCUUAUGCGCCUGAAGAAGCAGCAGCGCGCCAUCGUCGACCGCCAGGUUGCCCUCAUCAAGAAGGAGCGUGCCUAAAUAGCAAACCUUUUUUUGUAUUACAAAAAGAACAAUGUUUUUGUCACACAUCCACUUUUAUAUUUAUUCAUUUUUGUUAUCUUGC